AACAGUGAAGUUCCCGUUGAGGACUGCAGGUGAGUUUUCCAUGGGGCAGCCAUGGGGUCUGGCCUGACCCUGCUGGAGAUCCUGCUGGUGUUGAUGGGGGCCCACCUGGUGCCUGGAACAGAGAGGAGACCCCAGACCCCUGCCCCCCAUUUGCUGUAUUAGACGAAGUCCGAGUGCCGCUUGGCCAACGGGACGGCGGGGCAGGUGCGCUUCCUGGACAGGCUCAUCUGGGACCGGCAGGAGAUCCUGCGCUUCGACAGCCGCCGCGGGACCUUCGAGGGCGUCACGGAGCUGGGGGAGCCCCUCGCCCGGGACUUCAACAGCCACAAGGAGACCCUGGACGUAUACCGGACCGCCGUGGACGUCUUCUGCCGCCACAACUGGGGGGUCUUUAGGCUUCUUCAACGGCAGGAAGAAAAAGCGGGGGUGGGCGAAGGAGGGGAGCGGAUCUGGCUGCACCCUUCCACCCACCGUCGAGGGGCUCCAGGGCUUUGGGCCAUGUCCAAGGUUCAGGGGUCAUUAGGCCAGAAUAACUGGGGGAGGGGGAGACCUUGUGGGAAGGCAGGUGGAUCUCCAGAGCCAGGCUGUUCUCCUCGGGGUCUCCCUCCCCCUGGGGGAGCAGGCGGAGGCAGAAGAGCAGGCGGGCAGGUGGAGAGCCAGAUGUCGGAGGGAGACGAGGCACGCGGGGCUUCCCAGGAAGUCCACUCCACGCACACAGACAGAGCCAAGCACAAGACAGGGUUCCGAGAGGAGAUUCUGGCUAAUGAGGCUGGGAUGAGGCAAUGCGAGCGCUUCUCCUUUUACACUGUGGAGCACAGCAGCCGGAAGGAGCCCAUCACCGUCCUGUGGGAGCCACAGACGUCUGACUCUGCCAAGAACAAAGUGUGGGCGGGGGCCGUGGGGGCCGUGCUGGGGGUGGUCUUUGUGGCUAUCGGACUCUACCUCUACCUGAAGAGUAAGAAAGGUAAGGGCGACUCCUCUCCAACCUCCCGCACCGCUCAUCAGUUAACCCUUCCUGUGCCAGGAUUCUGCAGGUGGAAAAGCAUUUCCGUAGCAAUCGGCCCCUUUGCAGGGGUGAAGAUGGAUGAACGAAGGACUCCUGUUUCCCCUCCUCCUCCCUCCGGCCCCCAACUUGGCUUCUUCUGCGUCCCGCUCUCGUGAUUUGGGGGAAACAGAGUCCCCCUGCAUAUAGAACUAAUAGAUCGGCCGAGGACGCCACAGCCACCACUCUCCACACUACUUUGACUUAUCUGGAGCGACGGGGGAACGACGUGAGGAUGCUCUUUGCGGACUUUAGUUCUGCAUUUAACACAAUCC